AAAAAAAAAGUCACCACACAUCAUUAUCCACAUCAUCUCUCCGGUCUCCCCUCCACCCUCCCAGAGAACCUCCCCACCCAAGCCCUCUCUCCCGGCAGAGCUGCACUACAGUGGCCUAAACCAUGGCAUCAUCCCCAAUUUCAAGAACAACAACAAUGGUAUUCUCCUUAGGCAUAAAGGGUCCCCAACAACAUCACCCAGUCAGGACAGUUCACCUCUCUCCCUUCGCCAAGAAAACUUCACUUAACCUCAGCUCUACUUGCAGCAUUUCUGGGUUCACCCCAGUUGUGCUUAACAGGCUCUCCACUGUUGCUUCCCCCUCCCAGAUCAGUAAUCCACAGUUCCUCACUAUCGUCUGUGCUAAAGGCUAUAAAAUGAAAACCCACAAGGCUUCCGCGAAGCGGUUUCGGGUGUCUGGAAGUGGGAAGAUUAUGAGGAGGAGAGCUGGGAAGCAGCAUUUGUUGGCAAAGAAGAAUACUAAGAGAAAAUUGAGACUCUCCAAGAUGGUGCAAGUUGACCAGAGUGACUACAACAAUGUAAUUGGUGCUUUGCCUUAUUUGAAAGUAAAUCGCAAAGCGAACUAGAGCUGAUGCAGAUGGGCACUGCAGCAGAUGCUGUGUUAUUUUUUUUUGUACUGAAGCACGUCUUUUCUACGUAGAGGAAGUAAGCAAUCCAUUGUUUGCCCUUCCCUUCCAUCUUAGUUUGUAUUUUAUGGUCUAACCAUCUACCUUAUAAAAGAACUUCUGCUCGCUAUUACUUUUGCAAUGACUUUA